AUGACGCAAUCCGGCGACACGUUGAAGCAAGCCGCUGCCUGCCUCUCCAGGAUUCUCGGGGAGAACGGAAUUGAGCAUGCUUUCAUUGGAGGAUUUGCGUUGCGCAUGCUUGGCCAUGACCGCGAUACUGAGGACAUUGAUGUCGAGAUAGGCGUCACUGAUCCACAGGAGAUGCGCAGUCUCGUUACCCGAGUCUUAUGCGAUGCGGACUCGCGCUUCGUUACUUCUAACUUGAAGCUUUUCUUCGUCCCAGAUGGAAAUUGGGAAUUGCGCCUUCCGGUCGAGACUCUAGCGCUCGGUGCUCUCAACCUCCCCCGACAGCUUCCUGUCAUACGCCCUGGCGACGGGUCUGUCCCAGUUCUACUUCCCGGUGUGUUGAUCCUGACGAAGAUCAAACGCGCCACCCAGUACAUUGGCAGUACUCGCCCGCGGUCCAUUGCCAAGCUGGGUUUUGAUGUUCGCGACAUCAUCCAUCUUCUUCAUUGGCUGAGCGACCACGAGCAAAAGAUUGACUUCGCCGCCUACGACACCGCCUAUCCCGACAGACUUUACAAAGCCGUUCGCCAAAUACGCGAACAUUGGGUUGAGACAAACCAGCAUGGAAAUAUUGCAUUGCUUGACCGCGUCCUGGAGGAUGGUGACAAGACUGUCAUCAUGGAUUAA